AUGGCGACCAAGCCGGUGAAGUCCCUCGAGUCGGAGGAGCAGCGGUUGCACCGCAUCCGCAUCACUCUGAGCAGCCGUGAUGUUCGAGCUCUGGAGAAGGUCUGCACAGACCUGGUGACUGGUGCGAAGGCGAAGGAGUUGAAAGUUGCUGGGCCCAUCCGUCUGCCCACGAAGAUCCUUCGGCUCAUGGUGCGCAAGUCCCCCUGCGGUGAAGGCACCAACACGUUUGAUCGAUGGGAGAUGCGAAUCCACAAGCGCCUCAUUGACCUGCACUCACCCUCUGACGUGGUGAAGCAGAUUACCUCCAUCUCCAUUGAGCCAGGAGUCGAAGUCGAGGUGACCAUCGCAGACCUGUGA